CAGGCAACGGCGACCAUGUGGCGGUUACCUAGCCGAGAAGCAUUGAUAAUUCAAAUCGCAAACAUCCCUCGGAGUUUUUGCUCGUCAGUGAAUUUCUAAUCUUCGCUAUCAUUUGCUAUCCAUGCCGUGGUUAUGUUGCCAUCGACAACCGAAAGCUAAGCGGGAAGAUCAAUAUAAGGUUGCCGAUGAUCCGGAGGAGCAGCCACAAGCCGAAGACGAUGAGAAGGAGCCAAAGUUUUCAUGGGACCGAAGACCACAAAUGGACAUAGAUAAGUACCGUAUUCAUGAUCUUGUUGAUGCCACAGAAGUUCGUCGUGGAAUAGCUGGACAACCGAUGGCCAUUGAAAGCUGCAAGAACAGUAAUCUUCUAGUGCUUGAUCAUACCUCGACGAUUACUGUAGACGACUGUACUGAUUGCUUGAUUUUGCUGGCUCCAUGUGCUGGGAGUGUUUUCCUUCGCGAAUGCGACUCUUGCACUGUGCUUACGGCAUGUCAACAACUUCGUACACGAGAUUGUCGCAAUCUGCGCAUCGCUCUUCAUUGUGCCACUCAACCAAUUAUAGAAGAAACUACCAACGCUAUGUUUCAUCCACUGUCACUACACUAUGACUCAUUUAUAGAUGACAUGGUUGCUGCUCGAUUGAGCUUAUUUACCAGCCAUUCAAACUCUGUGCAUGAUUUCACUCCAGAUCGAAAUGCUGCCCACUAUAAAAUCAACAGCGAUGUUUUGGCUCUGGGCCCCGACCAGUUGCUUACGCUCAAGACUCAUGGUGUAAUUGUAGAUGUAACAGAUUCUGAUAUACCUUUCCGAGGAAAACGAAAUGGCACGAGCCAUUUCUACUAUGCCGGAUGUAGCGAUGAUGUGCCACGGUUGAAAUUCGUUCAACGCUGUCAAAAAGUUGCUCAUGCAAUCUCAAAAAUGUCGACCUUGAGCGUAUUUGAGACAUACGAGGUGGAUCUGCAUAAGCAUAAGACGAAAAUCCCUCUGAAUGUGAAGGAAUACGGUACCCUUGUCGUUUUCGAAAUAUGCGGAGAUGCGCACGAAAUCGAGGCUCUGAUAAAAAACACUGACGAUGGAUUUGUGAAAGUUCCCGAUCAACAACAUGAAACCUUAGCUACUGCACUGUCCAUAGUGAAUCAAAUGUCCAUAUCAUAAUACAGAAUACUUCUCCCAUUCGGCUGUUAUCUCCUUCUGUCCCGAUCUCAUCCAGAAUUUUCAUUUUAAGGCCAAAUUUUGCCAUUUAGAU